GCUUCGUUCUUUCUUGAGCUUGUUUUGCAUGCUCCACCAACCGUGCGAGAACCGCUUGUACUGUUAGAGGUCUCACGUCUGGGCAUGUGAAGAGAUCGAAGGUGGGCUCUUCUGAAUGAAGAUUCGUCGGGAAUCAAGGAUAGCAUGCGCCUCUGGAUCUUCGAUACUGCCUUUCUUCUGAUCGUCGCCGCAACGGCCCCAAUUCGAGGUGAUGCGGAUGGUAUGAAGGAAAUGCUCACAAGGGUGGUCGAAGAGAAGAUAACCGAUACGUACAGCAAGCAGCUCUUUAUGAGCAAGUAUCCUGAGAUGCGCGACUGCCUCUUGGACAUGGCAUCAAUGACACCGGAAGUUGCCGUGCAGGUCGUCAACCAGAUGGUACCACAACUAAACGAAUGUGGUGCAAAACUGGCGUCUGAGCCAGACGACAAGAAGCCAUCCUUGUACGUUACCUGUACUCAGGAUGCCGCUGCCGAAGUCAAGGCAAACACCGGAAUGAAUUAUGAGGACGGGAAGAUCUUCGACGACGGAAUGGAGUGCCUGAAGAAGUCACUGGGCUUUUGACUCCUCCAGGACAGCGCUUUGAUUGGACAGCAUUGGUCCAAAAACGCGCAGCAAGAUGGCAUGAGAGGUGAUGCUGAGGAGAAAUUGAAGUAAACG